AAUGGAUGAGGAAGAUAUUCCAUUCGACCAAAUUGAUUGGUUUACUCGUUUGAUAACCGAAAGAACGCGGUUGAAACUCUGUCGAUAUAGCUUAAUAGUGGCUCACUUGCUACUUCAAUUGUCUAUUUUACAGACGAUGCUCUCUAGCUAUGUACUUCUAUCUAGCUCAAAAUUUGAUAGGUUAUUAACCCCAUUAGAUUAUUAUACUCCUCUAUUGGUCGUUAUAAGUGGUUUAUGGUCUGUUGUUGUUAAUUUAAUGAAUUUUUCUCAAUCGUUAGCAUGUACUAAUCCUGAAAGUAGACCAAAACUAGUUAGAAUUAUGAAACAUCAUAACGUAGUAUCCCUAUUAGCUUGCAGUUUUCAUGGAUUAUUAUUUGCUCUGGUUACAAGUCAAAUAGGUAUAAAUGUCAGAGUUGAUAAUUUUGGUAGAAAACUCGACGAUGCUCUUCAAAGUUAUAAAAGUGAUCGAAGGACAAAAGAGCAAUUCGAUGAAUUGCAACAAUUAUACAAAUGUUGCGGUUCGAGAACUUAUAAAGAUUGGUUUAUUAAACAAUGGAUAAAUCCAAAAUAUUACAAUAGGGAUAAAGGGGAUAAUAGAGAAUUUAUUAAAGGAGGUCAAUACCUUCCACCUUACGUUCCGUUUAGUUGCUGUGAUCCUAAAGUAAUGAGACCUUGUAUAAGGGAAAAUGUAGAAUCUAAUCAUACUAAUUAUAAACAUACUACGCAUUUAACUAUUUACGACGCCGGAUGUUCGCAAAUAUUUAAGAAUUCCUAUUUGGCUCAAUUAUCUAUUGUAGGUAUCCUACUAUUCUUUAAUCUUGUUGGAGAGUUUAUCUUAGCGAUAGCAUCUCGCUAUUUAAGUUUAUCAAUUGUACAAAAAUCAGACGCUUCAGAUACUAGUUCAGUUGUCUGUAAUUUCUUUUUUGUCAUUGAAUCAACGUCUGCGAUGAGAAGGCGUCAAAUAAACGCAAAAGAAAUGUAUAAAAAGAAACUUCAUUUAGAGUCUUCGCAAGUAAAAAAAGCCCAAGGUCAACUUUUCACCCAAAUAUUUACGGAUCUUAAAAAGUCUAACAAGGAUACUCCCAAAAGAAAUAAGCGGAAUAUAAGUAAAAGGAAAAAAUUGUUAAAAGGAGAUUUUCCUUUACGCGUCUCCUCCCUUUUUAAAGAGAGAUCAAGGCCAAAUAUUGAAGAAUUGUAUACUUUGCUACAAGACAAAUAA